GUGCCGCAUGCGCCCCGCUUACUACGGCCCAAAGGCGUUGGUGGUUGGUGUCCGUCCGAAGAUGCGUUGCUCUCCGGCAGCAUCAGUACCAGCUCCGCCGUGCUAAUACACCAAACACCGGGGGACGGAGGAGACAUACCGGCGGUGUGUGGAGCUGCGACCGCGCCGGUGCACCUGACUGCAAGAUGGGAGACCAGAAGGAAUCUCUGCGGAAGAUCACCCACACACUGGCCAUGAAGAAUGAGGAGAUUUCCAACUUCAUCUGCACUCUCAAGCAGAGUCUGGACAACUUGGAGGCAAAUUCCAACCGGGUGCAGGAGGACCUGGAGUCUGAAUGUAGCUCCCUCCAUGCUGUUCUGGACGAAAUGAAAGAAAAUAUGCUGACCCGUAUCAAACAGGAGCGAGCAAGCCGUACCUAUGAGCUGCAGAGUCAGCUGAGCGCCUGCUCCAAAGCCCUGGAGAGUUCAGAGGAGCUUCUGGAGAUGGCCAAUCAGACGCUCUGCUCCUCUGAGACGGACGGUUUUACUCAGGCGGCCAAAGACAUUAAGGAUAGCGUCACAAUGGCUCCAGCCUUUCGCCUCUCCCUGAAGGCUAAAGCCAGUGACAACAUGAGUCACUUGAUGGUGGAUUUCAGCCAGGAGAGGGAGAUGUUGCAAGGACUCAAAUUUCUCCCAGUUCCUGCUACUCCUGAGAUCCAGGUGUCAGAGUGCCAGGUGUGCGACAAUACGGUGACUGUAGUUUGGAGUUUACCAGAGCCUGAUAGCAAGAUAGACCACUACAUACUAGAACACCGGCGCACAAAUCACGAGGGUCCACCUCGCAUCCGAGAGGACUACCCCUGGAUGGUGGUGGAGGGGAUACGAGAGAUGGAGCACACUCUCACGGGUCUGCGCUUUGACACCCGGUACUUGACGUUCAGAGUGAGAGCGUGUAACAAGGCUGUGGCGGGAGAGUUCUCUGAGCCGGUUACACUAGAAACCCACGCUUUCACUUUCAAGCUGGAUGCUGCUUCAGCUCAUCAGAACCUGAAGGUGGAGGACUUGAGCGUUGAGUGGGACAGCAGCGGAGGAAAAAUACAGGACAUCCGAAAAGACAAGAACCGAACCAACUCACCAAUGCACUCCCCAGCCAGGUCAGCCCUGAUGUCUCCUAAGAGAGCACCGACCGCCCGGCCCGGCAGAGACAGGUUUACAGCAGAGUCGUACACAGUGCUGGCUGACACUGUGAUUGAUGCUGGCCAGCAGUACUGGGAGGUGCGUUUCGACAAGGAGAGCAAGGCCUUUGCCGUGGGCGUAGCCCUGCGGAGCCUCGGCCGAUUCGACCAGUUGGGGAAAAGCAGCGCUUCCUGGUGCAUCCACCUGAACAACUGGUUGCAGCAGAGCCUCACAGCCAAGCACAACAACAAGGCUCGAACCCUCGACUGUCCCAUCCCAAAUAGCAUCGGAGUCUACAUCAACUACGAUGAAGGUAUUCUGUCUUUUUACAACGCCAAAACUAAGCAGCUGAUGCACACUUUUAAAACUAAGUUUCAGCAGCCAGUUAUCCCAGCGUUCAUGGUGUGGAACGGGAGUUUCUCUGUAGUGACGGGCCUGCAGGUUCCUAGCGUGGUGCAGAGCGGCCAGAGGAAGAACAGCGGCACCAGCAGCUCCAACGCCAGUCUCAACUAGACACAUCCAUCCACCUAGCCAAGUGGACUCCUCCCACCUCCACCCAGCCUUGGUCAGCGCCGCAGAUCAUCUCCUCUGCCCUGACGGCGGUCGAAGCCAUAUCGCAGAAGAGUUAAAUCACUGGAGUAUGACAGUUUAUCCUGUUCCACGUGCAGUGUCUGUGUUGCAUAGAGACGAACUUUAGGUGGGAAGAGGUGGGUCUGCUGCUCCCUCAGUGACAGAACUCUUCAGAUGUAUGACUCUGGCUGUUGUGAAUGCUGGGGAUACAGUAGGUGUAGGCUUGCUAGGUUUCCUGUCUCUGCACAUCCAUUUAGCACCACUGCUGCUAGAGCACUGAUUUAGCGCUGGCCGCUGUCCAUCCUUCUGUCAGCCGAACUGUUGUGCAGCCAGCUGCCGGUUCAGGGUUACGCUCUGUCCUGUCUGCUCUCUCUCCCUGUGCCUUCCUGCUCAUUUCCAAAAAGAUGAAAUCGGGUACACUAAUAAGCUUUCUGUUCCAAUUUAAAACUAUGUCAGAAAAAUUUGGAUUAGCGGUUAUUACCUAUCCAGCCAGCAACCAACAUACGGUCUAUAACCCAAAUAACAACCUGCACCUACACCUGAAUCGCUGCCAGCAGCUUUUAGAUACAAGAAAUUAACAUAUUUAGGAUGCUGAAUUUGUUUUGUUGCCAAGGCAUGUGCAUUUAACAGUGUCUAUUGUAUUUCAUAUAAUAGCCAGGACCCACACUUUGGGCUCUUUUGGCUCCUGCUGAGGUUUUGUUAGUUUAAAAUCAGAGAUGGUGUUAUCUGUGGAGGAGUCUGUCGUACAGACUAAAAGUCAGAGGCAACUUCCUUCAUUUUAACUCCUUGUAGUGAAGUCAGAGCGCUCAUGUGGCUUCAGGAUUUUUGAAAUGAUUGUACUGUAUACUCACAUAACUGCACUCUAAUGCUUGUCCCUGUAUAUGCACCAUUUCUUUUGCAGCAAAGAGUUCCCAUUAUGAGUAGUGGACUGCGUUUAGUCCUAAAUAUAACAAAUAGCUAGGCAGUAGCUGGAGCUAAUAAAUCAUAUAAUACAGAUUAGCCAUUUAUGGAGCCACCCAGGCGAGAAACUAAAACGAUAAACCCUGAAAACUUAGUCUGAAGUCUGUUUUUGUGCACCGCCUGACCUCUGAGAAGCAUCCACCUCAUGCUGUAUGUAACACACGGUAACAGUGUUGCUUUGCCACAUUUCUCCCUCUACGUGCGUUCUGAGCAAUGUAGCCUGCGAUGCUUUAAAGAAGCGAGAGUUCUGUUGACUUUGUUUCACAUGCUGACAGAUGUCAGAGUUUAUUGUAAAUAGUUUAAUUUUUUCCACUAUAAUGUAUCAGUCAUUGAGGUAAUAAAGGAGUGAGAGCA